AUAAUAAAUGCAGGUGAACCAAUCGCAGCUGACGAAGAUGCGGCGUAAAGUUGAGGGGUUUGUUAUUUACCCUCCCCCUUGAAAGUUUAUAUGAAAAAAAGGAUCCCAAGACAAGGCCGAUCACGUGGCCUCCUUCGAAAGCAGCGAUUGGUCAAAACCACAGAGAAGGCGUUGCAACGACGGCGGCGUGGGUUCGCUUGAGUGACACAAUUAUAACAAGUUUGAGCUGGCGACUAGGGGGAAGUUUCAGAUAUUACUAAAUAACAAUUUACCGUUAAACCCUGCAUUGCUCGUUCUACAUGCAUUUUGGUGUACCUGCUACCCGCGACUCAUUCAUGUCGAGGACAAUGUGAAAAAUUGGGUGUUCCGAGGAAAUCAUUUCCCAUCUGUUCAUUUUUUGGCGUUUAGCUCUACAAAAGAGGUACUCUGCUUGCGGUGCGUAAAUAUUUUCACUGGAGUUUUUUGUCUAUGAAAUCGUGCGGAGUGUCGGUGGCCGCUGUAGCUCGCGCUGCUGCUGCUGCUGCUGCUGGUGGUGAUGAGGAAAAGAAAAUGGCGGCGGGAAAAGCGAGAGAAACCGAGGAGGACUUUCCGAAGCUUACGCCGCAAGAAAGGGAGCGCUUAGCCAGCAUAGACAGCACACUGUUUGGAUUUCAGAGGCUUCAUGAAGAUGGCGCCAGAACGAAGGCCUUGCUGUUAAAGGCUGUUCGCUGCUAUGACGUCUAUAUUUUAAAAGCUGAAGGGAAAGUGGAGCCAGAGGUGUUUUGCCAGUUAGGUCACUUCAACCUUUUACUGGAAGAUUAUCCUAAAGCAUUAUCUGCAUACCAGAGAUACUACAGUUUACAGUCAGACUACUGGAAGAAUGCUGCCUUUUUAUAUGGCCUUGGUUUGGUUUACUUCCAUUACAAUGCUUUUCGAUGGGCAGUGCAGCUCACCCCCUCAGAUGCCCAAUCUGGACAGAGAAGGGCGAUCAAAGCAUUUCAGGAGGUGCUUUACAUUGACCCCUGCUUCUCAAGAGCCAAGGAGAUCCAUCUGCGACUCGGUCUGAUGUUUAAAGUCAACACGGACUAUGAGUCAAGCCUCAAGCAUUUUCAGCUGGCAUUGAUUGACUCCACACCCUGCACUUUGUCCAAAGCUGAAAUUCAGUUCCACAUUGCUCAUGUAUAUGAAAUUCAGAAGAAAUACCGCAUCGCAAAGGAAGCUUACGAGAGUCUGUUACAAACAGAAAAUCUCCCUGCACAGGUGAAGGCAACUACGCUCCAACAAUUAGGCUGGAUGCAUCACACGGUCGAACAGUUGGGAGAUAAAGCAAACAAGAACAGCUAUGCUAUUCAGUGUCUGCAGAAAUCCCUAGAAGCAGACCCCAAUUCUGGACAGUCUUGGUACUUCCUGGGCAGGUGCUACUCAAGUAUUGGGAAGGUUCAAGAUGCCUUCAUAUCUUACCGACAGUCUAUUGAUAAGUCUGAGGCCAGUGCAGAUACAUGGUGCUCAAUCGGUGUGUUGUAUCAGCAGCAGAACCAGCCGAUGGACGCACUGCAGGCAUAUAUCUGUGCAGUACAGCUGGACCACAGCCAUGCGGCUGCCUGGAUGGACCUGGGCACGCUCUACGAGUCCUGUAACCAGCCACAGGAUGCCAUCAAGUGCUACAUCAAUGCCACGUGCAGCAAGUCCUGCAGUAACAUCCCAGCUCUAACUGCUCGCAUCAAAUGCCUCCAGGCUCAGUUGUGUAAUCUUCAGCAAGGUAGUUUACCAAGUAAAAGUAAAAUGCUCCCUAGUAUUGAGGAGGCGUGGAGCCUACCAAUCCCAGCAGAGCUCACCUCCAGACAGGGAGCGCUCAACACGACCCAACAGCAAACCACCUGCAAAGCUCAUCAGAGCAAUGAAGCCCAGUCUCAAAUCCCAAGCCAGUCUCUUCCUCCUCAUGUGCUCUCUGGCCAGACAGAAGACCAGUCCAGCCCGGCCAAGAAAAAGAGGACCACUAGUCCAGCCAGGAAUUCAUCAGAUUCCUGGACAAAUGAUCCAGGUCAUCAUCAGAUCUCCAACUGGAGUUUAACCCCACAGAAACUUCAGCUCCUGGAACAGUUACGGAACAACAGAGCCAAUCUGAAGCCAGUGCAGCUGCAGAUGCUGGAACAGUUGGAAAAGCAACUGAGUCUAAUGCAACAGAAUCAACAGACAAGGCUGAAUGCCAUGGGUCAGAUACGACCCAGUGUGUCCAACGGUCCUGUAGCCGACUCUUCACUGCCUACAAACUCUAAUUCCACACCUUCCCCUCACCAUCCACACAUCGCUCUGUCUCGCACACCCUCUGCCCUCACACGAUGCGCUGCUCAGCCAAUAGCCAACGGACCUGUCCCUGCGAGCCCCGUCCCAUGCAGCACCGCUGGUACCCUGGGUAACACAGAUGCCGUCUCUGUGGGCAAUAAUCAUCUCCCAGGAUCGGGGAGCAACGGAAAUGUGCCUUACUUGCGGCAAAACGCACUACCUCAUAACUGCACAACCCCCACCAGCAGCAGCAUGGAUGAUGAACAGUGGAAAAGCCAACACAUCAACUCCACUCAGGGGCUUCAGAAAAGUCCAGGUUCAUAUUCAGCAGGUCCUAACGGCGAGCAGCCUUUCUCUUCCACUGGGACGUCCCAGCCUUCCCCGGCAGCCGGCACUGGCGGUCCAAAUCAGGUCGGACAUUCGGCCACAGCCAGCGACACGCAAGCGCAGGAGGCCAGUCACAAUCACCUCCCCUCCCCGAGCUCCCAGAGCUCUGCUACCUCAGGUGGACAGCAAGGCACGGUGAACACCAAAGAGAGCAAGCCUUCAGGAAACGGGCAUUCCGUGGGGACGCCUAACAGCACUGCCACUGCAGAGGGACUGCCUAAUCAUGUCCAUCAGGGCCAGGCAGACACUGCUGGGGCGAAACCCCGUUCACCAGGUGUACUUAGUUCAGACAAUCCACAGCUCUCGGCCUUGUUGAUUGGAAAAGCCAAUGAUAGUAAUAAUAGUAAUGGAGGAGGGUCGGCGGCUGCUGGCACAAAGGUUAACAAUGUUCACCCGAGUCUGCACAAGCCGCAGGAAAACUCGGUGGCUUCUUCUCCAUGUUCUGCCAUGUCUGCAGCUUCGCCCUCACCCAAAACUGCAGACCACCACAGUACUCAGAACAGUGUUAACAGCCUUAACAGCCCCACGCUCAACGGCAAAGGUCUGGAGGACUCUCAGAGCCCCUUGAAGGUGGCUUCUCCACUGGUUUGUCAUAAACCAACGCCUCCGUCGUUCACUCUGUGGUCCUCUGUGUCCAUCUACCCCAGCUCCAGUGAUGUGCUCAAAGCAUGCAGAAACCUGGGGAAGAAUGGUGUGUCCAAUAACAGCAUCUUACUAGACAAGUGUCCCCCUCCACGGUUACCACCUCCACCCAUCCCUCCUCUGCCAAAGGACAAACUCAAUCCUCCAACCCCUAGUAUUUAUUUGGAGAACAAGAGGGAUGCUUUCUUUCCACCGCUGCACCAGUUCUGCACAAACACAGCCAACCCUGUAACAGUGAUCCGUGGCCUGGCUGGAGCACUCAAGCUAGACCUUGGAUUAUUCUCCACCAAGACUCUGGUUGAGGCUAACCCAGAGCACCUUGUGGAGGUGAGGACUCAGUUGUCUCAGCCCACCGAUGAGAACUGGGAUGUGACAGGGAGCAGGAAGAUGUGGCGGUGUGAGAGCAGUCGGUCUCACACCACCAUUGCCAGAUAUGCUCAAUACCAGGCCUCAUCUUUCCAGGAAUCAUUGCGGGAGGAAAAUGAAAAGAAAGGACAGAAAGACCACUCGGAUACGGAGUCUGCUCCAUCAGAAAAUGUGGUGCGGAGAAGAAGAGGUCCCUUUAAGCACAUCAAAUUUGGAACCAACAUUGAUUUGUCAGAUGAGAAAAAGUGGAAGCUGCAGCUGGCUGAGUUGAGUAAACUGCCUGCCUUCGCACGGGUGGUGUCUGCAGGGAAUCUGCUCAGUCAUGUGGGCCACACAAUUCUCGGCAUGAACACAGUCCAGCUCUAUAUGAAGGUCCCGGGCAGCAGGACACCAGGUCAUCAAGAAAACAACAACUUCUGCUCUGUGAACAUAAACAUUGGCCCUGGAGAUUGUGAAUGGUUUGCCGUUCCUGAGCCGUACUGGGGUGUCAUGAAUGAUUUCUGUGAAAAGAAUAAUAUUAAUUAUCUAAUGGGAUCUUGGUGGCCAAAUCUUGAGGACUUGUAUGAGGCAAAUGUUCCAGUGUAUCGCUUUAUCCAGCGACCAGGUGAUCUGGUCUGGCUCAAUACAGGGACUGUGCAUUGGGUUCAGGCUAUUGGCUGGUGCAACAACAUUGCCUGGAACGUAGGACCACUCACUGUGCAUCAGUACAAGCUAGCGGUGGAGCGCUAUGAGUGGAACAAACUCCAGAGUGUCAAAUCCAUCGUUCCCAUGAUUCACCUCUCCUGGAAUAUGGCCAGAAACAUCAAAGUGUCAGACCACAAGCUCUUUGAGAUGAUCAAGUACUGUUUAUUGAGGACACUAAAGCAGUGUCAGAUGCUGAGGGAGGCUCUCAUAGCUGCUGGAAAAGAGCUUGUUUGGCAUGGAAGGACCAAGGACGAACCUGCUCACUACUGUAGCAUCUGUGAGGUGGAGGUCUUUGAUCUGCUGUUUGUCACCAGUGAAAGUAACUCAAGAAAGACGUAUGUGGUUCACUGCCAGGGCUGCGCUCGCAGAUGUAGCCCUAACCUGGACAACUUUGUGGUUUUAGAACAGUACAAAAUAGACGACCUCAUGCAAGUGUACGACCAGUUCACAUUAGCUCCACCUCUGCCCUCCUCCUCCUCAUCUUGACGUUAACAUUAAUGGUUCUUCGGAUAAAACCCUGGAACGCAACGCAUCCCUUUCUGAUAUUCAGGAGACCUGACCCAGUUCCACACCACUGGUUUCUGUAGCAAACCCCACAAGACUGCUGCUUCUAAGCUGUUUUGUCUAUGCAACCUUGCCAAGUUUGGAGAUUCGGACCUUCUCCAUCUUCAGGACUGUUUCAGCUUGUUCAGCACCACUUCUCUCUGAAACACAAACUACAAAUAGACUAAAUGCUGAAGAAAAAUGGUUUUGUGUAUAUACCACAAAUUGCAAAUCACUCAAAACUACUGACUUUUCUUUUUUUAUUUUACUGUUGCUUUAAUCCUCUCAUUUUUUCCCCUUUUUGUUUGUUUUUUCUUUUUCUGUACUUCAUGUACAAGCUGAUACAUGAUCAUUUUCUUAUUUCCUCUUGAGUACAACCAUAGCCGAGCUUUUUUUUGUUCAAUGUUUUCUUUAGGUAACAAAAGAGAAAUUUGUAAUGUGAAUUUUUUUUUUCUUUUUAAAAUGCUUUUUUUCUUGUCUUUAUUGGGGGGAAAUGUUAAGUUGUGGGGUAGCGAAGUCACAAAGAAAAAUGGGUUGCACAUAGACUAAGGAAUAAACUUUUUAAUUUGUGUUUUUUUGUGUUAUAUUUCUAAUCUUGUUGUAAAUUUACACUAUUUAUAAAUAUUUAUUGCUUGGAAAUAUUUGUUGAUGGAAUGCUGUUAUUUUUUUCCAGAGUUCCUGCCAUUAAAUUUUAUGGAGUAAUGUCAUUUUGAACAUUUCUCUUUUUACAUUUUCUAUACAUGAAUAAAACUGCUUAGCGAGCAUUGUACAGAAACAUGAAGAUUGAUAUGGUUUAUGGGUUACUAAUCAGAGUUGUCUUUGUAAUUAAAAUAUUCUCCUUUUGUGAUGAAA